CGGAAGCCGAAGCGCUGAACCGCAAACAUGGUGGCCUCCUGCGCUUCCUUGCACUGGCGGCUGACUGCCUUGUCAGGGUUGUUGCUUUUGUCGUUCGGCAGCGUGGCCACUAGUCAUAUCGAGGAUCAAACAGAACAGUUCUUUAGAAGUGGCCAUACAAACAACUGGGCUGUUUUGGUGUGUACAUCCCGAUUUUGGUUUAAUUAUCGACAUGUUGCAAAUACUCUUUCUGUUUAUAGAAGUGUCAAGAGAUUAGGCAUUCCUGACAGUCACAUUGUUCUGAUGCUUGCAGAUGAUAUGGCAUGCAACCCCAGAAAUCCCAAACCAGCCACAGUAUUUAGUCACAAGAAUAUGGAACUAAAUGUGUAUGGAGAUGAUGUGGAAGUAGAUUACAGGAGUUAUGAGGUCACUGUGGAGAAUUUUUUACGAGUAUUAACUGGAAGAGUCCCACCUAGUACUCCUCUCAAGCGUCUUCUUUCUGAUGAUCGGAGCAAUAUUCUUAUUUAUAUGACAGGACAUGGUGGAAAUGGAUUCUUGAAGUUUCAAGAUUCUGAAGAAAUUACCAACAUAGAACUUGCAGAUGCUUUUGAACAAAUGUGGCAGAAAAGACGCUACAAUGAACUGCUUUUUAUUAUUGAUACUUGUCAAGGAGCAUCCAUGUAUGAGCGAUUUUAUUCUCCUAAUAUAAUGGCUUUAGCUAGUAGCCAGGUGGGAGAAGAUUCACUCUCGCAUCAACCUGAUCCUGCAAUUGGAGUCCACCUUAUGGAUAGAUAUACAUAUUAUGUCUUGGAAUUUUUGGAAGAAAUUAAUCCAGCAAGCCAAACAAAUAUGCAUGACCUUUUUCAGGUAUGCCCUAAAAGCCUUUGUGUGUCUACUCCUGGACAUCGCACUGAUCUUUUUCAGAGGGAUCCGAAACGUGUGUUGAUAACUGAUUUCUUUGGGAGUGUACGGAAAGUGGAAAUUACAACAGAAACUAUUAGUUUGCAGCAGGAUCCAAUAAUCAUAGAAAGCAGGAAUUACUCUUGGCCGGCUCUGGAGACCAUAAGAAAUGUGGAAAUCAAACCUGGUCAGACAUAUGCAAGGUAAGAGCCCUACGUGUCGAUGGAUGAGGAAUUAAUAGAACCUCUAAAAUAUGCUGAACAACUUCCUGUAGCUCAGAUAAUACACCAGAAACCAAAGCCGAAAGAUUGGCAUCCUCCUGGGGGCUUUAUUCUGGGACUGUGGGCACUUAUUAUCAUGGUUUUCUUCAAGACUUACGGCAUUAAACAUAUGAAGUUCAUUUUCUAGACCCAAGGAUAUAUGAAGAAUGCAUGAAAGACUACAGCUUUGAAUAAAGAUUUUUUGUUAGGUCUUUUUUUAAAAAAAAUAA